GUCUUCAUUUUGUUUCUGGCGUUGAAAUACGAAAAAAGGAAUACCGAAGACGGCGAAUUUAAGCUGUCCCCAACUGGCGACAUUUCUCUCCCAUCUACAACGAAUCUAACUGUUCUUCCCUACAUUUUUCAUUUCAUUAUUAUUGAAGAACCUUUCGAAUCAUUUAGAUCUGACUUGAUCGAAGUUUCUAGAUCCAUUUCGGUGUUGCAGCCAUGCCUGUGGCAGCUUCAGCUGUUUACUUCCUCAAUCUCCGUGGCGAUGUCCUCAUCAAUCGUCUAUACCGUGACGACGUCGGGGGUAAUAUGGUAGAUGCCUUCCGGAUGCAUAUAAUGCAGACAAAAGAACUCGGGACAUGUCCUGUCAGGCAGAUUGGAGGUUGCUCUUUCUUCUACAUGAGAAUUAGCAAUGUCUAUAUUGUGAUUGUAGUUAGCACCAAUGCAAAUGUCGCAUGUGCAUUCAAGUUUGUGGUUGAGGCUGUUGCACUAUUCAAAUCUUAUUUUGGUGGUUCUUUUGACGAAGAUGCCAUUCGUAAUAACUUUGUCCUAAUUUACGAGCUUUUGGAUGAAAUAAUGGACUUUGGUUACCCUCAAAAUCUUUCACCUGAAAUCUUGAAACUCUAUAUUACUCAGGAAGGGGUACGCUCACCCUUUUCGUCAAAGCAGCCUUUGGAUAAACCAGUUCCAAACGCCACAUUACAAGUCACGGGCGCUGUUGGUUGGCGCAGGGAGGGUCUUGUUUAUAAGAAGAAUGAGGUGUUUCUGGAUAUAGUAGAAAGUGUUAAUCUCCUUAUGUCUUCAAAAGGUAGUGUGCUCCGUUGUGAUGUAACUGGGAAAGUUCUCAUGAAAUGCUUUCUUUCUGGAAUGCCUGAUUUGAAGUUGGGGUUAAAUGAUAAAAUUGGUCUUGAGAAAGAGUCGCAGCUUAAAUCCCGUCCAACGAAGAGCGGAAAGACUAUUGAACUUGAUGAUGUUACUUUCCACCAAUGUGUAAACUUGACGAGAUUCAAUUCAGAAAAGACUGUCAGCUUUGUACCACCAGAUGGUGAAUUCGAACUGAUGAAGUACCGCAUUACCGAAGGAGUAAAUCUUCCUUUCCGUGUAUUGCCAACAAUCAAGGAAUUAGGUCGUACGCGAAUGGAAGUGAAUGUUAAGGUUAAGAGUGUGUUUGGUGCAAAAAUGUUUGCUCUUGGAGUUGUCAUUAAAGUUCCAGUGCCAAAGCAAACUGCAAAAGCAAGCUUCCAGGUGACAUCAGGGAGAGCAAAGUACAAUCCAUCCAUUGACUCUUUGGUGUGGAAGAUAAAAAAAUUUCCUGGGCAAACUGAGUCAACAAUGAGUGCUGAAGUGGAGUUGAUUUCGACAAUAGCAGAGAAGAAGUCCUGGACUAGGCCACCAAUUCAGAUGGAAUUCCAGGUUCCCAUGUUUACGGCAUCUGGACUUCGAGUUCGCUUUCUCAAGGUAUGGGAAAAGAGCGGCUACAACACAGUUGAAUGGGUUCGCUAUAUCACAAAAGCUGGUUCUUAUGAGAUUAGGUGCUGAAAAAUAGGUAAGCUGAUCUUGUUUAUAGGAUCAGUAUUAUGGAAGCCCAAGGUAUAGGGGCGCCAUUUUGUUAUGCUGGAAAUGCAACUUAUGCAUCUUGUAUUUGAGGGCUUUUAGACAUGGUUUGUCUAUAGUAUAUUUGUCCUGUGAAAUUCAUUGUUCUGUUGUACAGGUUAGUUCUUUACGAGGACUAAGAAGAGGCUUUUGUUUCCAUUCUAUUUGUAUAUUUGACAUAUUCCCCCUUAAACUAUUUUUCCAUUGAACUAAUGAAAACCAUGGGAUUACAUA